AUGAACUAUUACUUGGGAGGACAUUUCCCCUCUAUAUUUAUCGGAGGAGACUUCAACUGCCAUCAUCAAUCAUGGGGAUGCGAUGUAUCCUCUUCUUUUGGAAACAAAUUAUUGGAGGCCAUUGGGAAUUCUACUCUCAGCAUUCUCAAUGAUGGUUCUCCUACAUGUUUCACUCGUCCUUACGAAGCCAAAUCAGCUAUAGACCUCACUAUUGUUUCAAGCAACCUCUUUCCUCUUAGUGACUGGAAGUUUGAACAAGACAAAAUGGGCAGUGAUCAUUUCCCGAUCUCCACUGCCGUUGGAAUUUCUUUCUCUUUCUUCGAGUUCUUCUCUCAUAAGUACAACCUAAAAAAGCCCUCCACAGAGCAGGUCCAAAAAUAGAAAAUAAAUCCUCCCGAAAUCAUCCAAAUUCCCCACCUUGGUGGAAUGAGGAAUGCACCAAACUUGAAAGACAAAGAAAGGCCAAAC